UUUGGCUGUAAUGCAGGCAUCAUGGAACCAGAGGUCCAGGCAAACUGAAGGUGACGGUGUAUUGCCCAUUUACUGGUAUUGAACAAACAUUCCCUUGUGGGAAAUGGCUGGAUGAAGACGAAGGUGACGGGCUGGUUGAACGGGAGCUCUAUGAAAUGCUCUCGCUACGCCAGAAGAGACUGAAAAAAAAUCCUUGGUCACUGUGGAUAUGGACGAGUGACAUGAGGGGCGCAGGAACAGAUGCCCCUAUUUACUUCCAGCUUUUCGGCAGCAAAGGGAAGUCAGAUGAAAUGAAACUGGACAAUAACUCAGACAACUUUGAAGCUGGACAGACUGACAAAUUCAUGAUAGAACUCCCAGAUCUGGGCAUUUUUUACAAGAUCCGGAUAUGGCAUGAGAAGCGGAACCCGUUUGCUGGUUGGCAUCUGAACAAGGCAACCCUUCUGAAAACCCUGACAAAAGAGAGGUACACAUUCAGGUGCAACCGAUGGCUGGACUCCAGCGAAGAAGACAAAGAAACUGUGCGAGAACUGGCAGCUGAAGGCCCCUUGGUGACUGAUGUCCAGCCAGUGAUAAAAUACCGGGUGGUCGUCUACACCGGGACGGUGAGUGGAAGUGGGACAGAUGCCAAGGUCUUUGCUUGUCUCAUUGGAGAACAGGGAGACACAGGAGACCGGCUCCUUCACAACAGUGUGAACACUACCGAUAAAUUUGAGAAGGGCAGUGCUGACGAGUUCAUCAUUGAAGCGGUCGACCUGAAGCAGGUGAGAAGGGUGAGGAUAGGGCAUGACGGCAAAGGAGGAAGCAGUGGCUGGUACCUUGGCAAAGUGACAGUGAGGAAAGAUGGACAGCCAGAAAGUGAGGCUUUGGCGUUCCCCUGCUACAGAUGGCUUGACAAAGAUGAAGACGACGGCCUGAUUAUUCGGGAGUUAGUGCCAGCGGGGAGAUCGUUUAUACUGGAAAAUGUUGGCUACCACAUCAGCAUAAAGACGGGAGAGGUCCCUGGAGCCAGCUCUGAUUCAAAGGUCUUGUUCAAGAUGUAUGGUGAAAAAGCAGACACUAAAAAGGAGAUCCUCUUGGUUUCUGAUAAUGACUUAGAAGAUUACUUUGAACGUGGCCGGAUAGAUAUCUUUACUCUAGAUACAAUGGAUAUUGGGAGGAUUAAGCGGAUUCUCAUUGGGCACGACAAUGUUGGGCUCCGAGCUGGCUGGCACCUGGCUUAUGUCCAGGUUUCCAUUCCUGUCCACGGCAAGCUGUACAACUUCCCUUGCAACCGGUGGCUGGACAAAACGGAGGCUGACGGAAAGGUGGAGAUUGAAGUCUAUCCGAGUGAGAUCGUGUCGAUCGAGAGGCUGAUAAACUAUGAGGUCUGCGUCGUUACUGGUGAUGUGUGGAAUGCAGGCACCAAUGCCAACGUCUUCAUGCAGAUCUAUGGGGAGCAGGGGAAAACAGAGGUGCUGGUUCUGGAGAACAGAUCGAACAACUAUGAGAGGGGAGCAACAGAAACAUUCAAGGUGGAGGCUUCAGAUGUGGGUAAGAUCUACAAAAUCCGAAUCGGCCAUGAUGGGAAAGGCAUUGGGGAUGGCUGGUUCUUGGAAACUGUCACUGUUAAGAAACUACAGACCACGAAGGAUACGGAGAAGAAAAAGAAGAAAAAGAAGAAAAAGUCCACUGAAGAGGAGGAAGAUGAUGAGCCGAUCGUGGGAGACAUCAUGGAGGUUUAUGAGUUUGCACCCCGUCGCUGGCUGGCGAGAGAUGAAGAAGACAAGGAAUUGGUCAUAGAGCUCAUUCCUGAGAAGGGAUGUGAUCUGGAAGAAAUCGAGUAUGAAGUCCAUGUCAUCACUGGGAGUGUGAUGGGAGCUGGGACUGAUGCGAAUGUUUACUUGAGCAUCUAUGGAGGAAGAGGAGAUACGGGGGAACGCCACCUGAAGCACUCGGAUAACCUGAACAAGUUUGAAAAGGAACAGGAGGAUAUAUUCACUGUCAAAGCCGUCGACUUGGCAGAGCUGAAGAAAGUGCGUAUCCGGCAGGACAAUUCUGGAAGCAAUCCAGCUUGGUUCCUGGAAAGGAUUGAAGUUGUUGACACCAAAGAAGAUGUCACUUGUUAUUUCCCAUGCCAGAGGUGGUUGGCAGUGGAUGAAGACGAUGGUCAGAUUGCCAGAGAGCUGGUCCCGGUGGCUGAAGCCUUCGUGAAGAAGGAUCCGAAUAAUUCUGACUCAGUUUCAACACUUGGCCUGGAACAGAAAGCUCAAUCCACUACAUUUACCGUGACAGUAAAAACUGCAGAUAAGAAGCGCGGUGGGACAGAUGCCAAUGUGUUCAUCGUUCUUUAUGGGACCAAAGAUGAUACAGGGGCAAUCUUCUUGAUGGCCUCCAAGACAAACAAGAACAAAUUUGAACGCGGGAAGACUGACAUCUUCACGGUGGAAUGUGUGGACCUCGGAGACUUGAAGAAAAUAAAGAUUGGCCAUGACAAUAAAGGUAAAGCUUCAGGCUGGUUUCUGGAGUGGGUCGAAGUGGAUGCUCCGUGUCUUGGCUUGUGCUUGAAGUUUCCUUGUGGUCGUUGGCUGGAUAAAACAGAAGAUGAUGGAUCUAUUGAAAGGGUCCUCUUUCCUGCAGAACUGCAAACAGUAAAAUAUGUCCCAUUUGUUCCCUAUGAGGUCACUGUCUACACAAGUGACAUUUUUGGAGCCGGUACAGAUGCGGAUGUCUACAUUGUUCUGUAUGGAGCUGAUGGGGUUUGCACGUCACAGAAAUCCUUGUGCCAAAACAAGAGGGAGCGAAGGAUGUACUUUGAGAGGAACACCGUGAACCAGUUCAUUAUUGAGCUGGAGGACAUUGGAGACAUACUUGAAAAGAUUCGCAUUGGACAUGAUGGCUCGGGGAUCAAUUCUGGCUGGCAUCUUGAUCGAGUGCAGAUCCGCAGGCUUUUACCCAAUGGGAAGGUGGGUGUUGAGGUUAACUUUGUGUUUGCUGCAUUGAUUGCACCAGAAGUUUUCUGCCAGAAGCACAGAGGCAAACCAAGGACCGUGCAGAACCAGGGUUUAGAAAAUGAGCUCUGA